UCACUGGCGCGCGCCGGAGGUGGCGGCGGCGGGAGUCUCGGCGCCGGCGCUGCAGUCUCGCGGGAGGUGGCCGCCGGCGCGAGGCGAAGCGCGGGAGCCGCCGCCAUGACUUCUGCCCUGGAGAACUACAUCAACCGUACUGUUGCAGUAAUUACUUCUGAUGGAAGAAUGAUUGUGGGAACCCUCAAAGGUUUUGAUCAGACCAUUAACUUGAUUUUGGAUGAAAGCCAUGAACGAGUGUUCAGUUCUUCACAAGGAGUUGAGCAAGUAGUGCUGGGAUUAUACAUUGUAAGAGGUGAUAACGUUGCUGUUAUUGGUGAAAUUGACGAAGAAACAGAUUCAGCUCUUGACUUGGGGAAUAUUCGAGCAGAACCUUUAAAUUCAGUUGUGCAUUGAAAAGAUGAAAAUGCACAGGGACUUUGUAAAUCUUUGGUUGUACAGACCUAUUUAACAACGUGGAUGAUUUUUACAAAUUGUGUGUAAUUUGUUUGGUCAUCAGUUUUAUAUUAUGAAUAUGUUGUAGUUUUGCAUGUAAAUUAAAGUUUCUAUGUUUUACUAAA